AUGUAUUUCUCCCCGGCAACCAUUCUUCUCAGCAUUGUCGCGGUGUCUGCGGCCAGUCCUGUGGGCAUGCGGACCAAUUUCAAGCGCGCCCUCACUGUCCGACCGUACAGCGACUUCCAAGUCUCAGAUGGUGUGGCGGGCAAUGCGCUGGACGAAGUCAAUGCCCAAUUCCCGAUCGACACCUCCGAUCUGGCAUCUGUGUCCGCAUCCGACCUCCAAAUCCUCAAGGAUGCUCGAGAAACCGCAGAAGACGCCGAGGUCGGCACAGGCGGGUUCAACGACCAGCUGGCCGCCGCUGGAGACGACACCGACACCACCGCCCUGCAGAACGGGAAGAUCAAGAACAAGGUGCUGAAGCUGCAGUUGGAGGUUCUGGCCUUGCAGAUCGAAGCCGCACAGGGAGAUAGCAACCAGGACAAGAUCGACGAGGAGACGACCAAGUUGAACAACAACAUCGCAUUGGACAAGAAGGCUGCUGGGGAGGAUAGUGUUGGUGUGACUGCGACCUUUUCAGGGUAG